UGAUGUUUUGAGAUAACAAGUUCACGAACUUACAGUUUCACCACAUUCAAAUAGAUUUAAAUUCCAAUUGUUAAUUAAAAUUGUGAAAAAAAAAUGUCCAUCACAAAAUUAAUGCUGGAUAUUAGAGGCCAAUGGCUUAGGUUUGAUCGAUAUUCUUUUAUUUGUGAAAACAGUACUGCUACAUAGCAAUCAUAUAACGUAACUUUAAUAAACUAAACUUUCGUGGACAUAAUGAAUACUGAAUGUUUUAUGAAAGGAAAUUACACCUGCCGCUUAUAUGAAGAAAUUCGUGAAGAAAACAGCUCAAUCAACGAAGAAAGUUACGCAAAUGAAACAUUUAGUAGCAGUUCUUCGAAUGGAGAUAGAGUCCUGAGUAGUCCACCAAGUGAAUACGACGAGCGAAACCGAUUGUUUCACCUGAACUUCAUAAGACGCUUAGUGAAAGACGUAUCACCGAUUCCAAAGAAAUACAAAAAUGGUACCCGAGCAAGUUUAAGUUUUUCCAAUGAUCAAAUGCGAGAUAUUGAAAGGUCGAAUCGAAUUCUUUUGAGUAAGAUACUAUCUCAGCAGCCAUCCAGUCAUAUACCGAGUGUACGGCGGAAUGAUCAGUUUGCGGACCCGAUAAAGGAGAAUGUAAAAAGAGUUUCUAGCGCUACUGUCAAUCGUCGAAGGAAGCAAGUGGAAAUUGAUGCUCACAAUCAACUUUUGAAACGAAAAAUUGAGAAAAUUGCUAGACGAAAAUCAACAAAUUGAUUGUACAACUUUGGGUUUUGUGUUUUUACUGAGACAUUUUUAAUAAAGAAUAUCUAUCAGGUGUGUGACUUG